AUGGCUUUGUUGCCCUCGUCGAAGGCUUUCUGGAUGACCGCUUGUAAAUGUCUGAAGGAGAAAGGCGGCUGGUUGCAUAUCCAAGAGGCGAUCGACCCCAAACGGAAACGCGUCUCCGAGCCACAAAAGGACAAAUCAAAAUCACCAAGCGCGCAAAAGUCCACCGAAAACGGCGCCUCCGCCAAAGAGAAAACCGAUGUAAACGGGAACACGAAAAUCGGUGAGAAGAAACUUCAGCGAAAACUCAGCCGAUCGGCAUCGAUAGUGGAAGAGAUGGAAAAUCGAGCGCUCCCGCCAGCAACGCUCGACAAAGAGUUCGAGGAGGGAAAAUGGCGAAAAAUCGAGGAACACGUGCAGGGAUUUGCUUGGGAUUUAGCUGAACAAUGUUGUCGCUACAUGAACAACGUGAACGUCGUUGAUGGCAUUUAUUGGGUACAAAUCAAGAACAUUUCCGUUUUAAGGCCACGCUCGAGCACACGACAGACGGAUAUCGUUUGCGUCGAUUUGUUCACUGGUUUCAGCGAGACGAAACAAGAAAAGCGGCGGCGAGCGACACGCGCUUCCCCCAGUGAAACCCUAAAUGAGCACAUCGACGAAUCAUUGGGAAAUUUGAGUGAAGAGGAUCACCGCGGACAGGGGAACGAUGAGAGGGAUCAGGAGAGUCAAGUGAGUUUC